AUGUCCGCCGCCGCCGCCGCCCGCGCCGCGCGCCGGCAGUUCUCGUCUCGGCUCCAGACUACCACUACGCGCCUUCUCCAUGCAAGUGAUUCCCAGGCGGCGGCGCGGGACGCAUCCGGGAGCUUCAUCCACCCCGCCGCCGUCGUCCACCCCGAUGCAGCCAUCGGGCAGGGUGUCUCGAUAGGCCCCUUUUGCACGGUUGGGCCUUCAGCCAGAGUUGGUGACGCCUGCCAAUUACAUGCCGGGAGCCAUGUCGUGGGAGAUACUGAGCUAGGGGAGGGAUGCAUUGUUCAAACUGGUGCUAUCCUUGGUGCUGAUAUCCCUGGGCGGACAAUUAUUGGGGAAAACAAUGUCAUCGGACACUAUGCUGUUGUUGGUGCAAAAUGCCAAGAUUUGAAAUAUAAAACUGGAGAUGAAUGCUUUCUACAUAUUGGUAGAAAUAACGAGAUCAGAGAGUACUGCUCUAUUCACCGUUCUUCUAAAUCUUGUGACUGCACGGUUAUUGGUGACAAUAAUCUCGUUAUGGGUUCGUCCCAUAUAGCUCAUGAUUGCAAGAUUGGUAACAAUAACAUCUUUGCUAAUAAUACUCUAUUUGCUGGCCAUGUAGUUGUUGAAGACUGGACUCACACUGCAGGGGCUGUUGUUGUCCAUCAAUUUUGUCAUAUUGGGUCAUACUCAUUUCUUGGCGGAGGCUCUGUGGUUGCACAAGAUGUGCCAAGGUACAUGAUGGUUGCAGGUGAUAGAGCAGAGCUCCGCUGUCUGAAUAUUGAAGGUCUCAAUCGCAAUGGAUUCUCCGACCAAGAGGUCCGUAGGUUGAGGAAAGCUUAUCAGAAAGUAUUUAUGCCAACUAUUACUAACAGGAGUAGCUUUGAAGACAGACUGGCUGAAUUGGAGCAGGACAUUGAGUUGUCAGAAUCUCCUGCUGUAUCCUGCAUGGUUGAAUCGAUCCGCAUGUCGUUUGUUCAAGGACGUCGAGGGAUUUGCAAAUUCAGAAGUUGGAACAGCUCGUGA